AUGCCACCAUGUAAACCCUACCCGGCUGACCCCACAGCCCAGUGUGAAAUUUGACACGGCUCUGGGGUCCCCUUUAAGACAUACUUUUGCUCUUUGUGAGCUAUGAUGUGUGUGUGAUGUGUUGUGUGGUGUGUGUGGGGGGUGGGGGGUUAGGUCCCCAUUUCCAGCAGGACGUCUGCAGCAGCUGUCCACUGGCAUUUCAGCCGUAUCGUCACAGUAGUGAGAGGGGGGAUCAGUGAGACAGAGGGGGCUGCCUGCAGUCUUCUUUUGUGGGUUCACUCUCGCUGUCCUCGGCCCCAGCCCUCCACGCCCCACUACUCUCCCUGCCUCUGCCCCAACCCAGGCCCACGGCCCCACCAUGGCCGACCAGUACCAGUACAACACCAACGAGGAGAAGAUCGUGAAGGACAGCCACACCAAGGAGAUCGACCUGAUCAACAGAGACCCCAAAUUUAUCAAUGAGGAUGUGAUCAAGGUAGGUGAACCAUGAUGACGCCAUCCACUCACACACACACUGAAUCUACAGGUUUAACUCCUUUUUUCCUAAAGUAAGGAAAGACAAGUUUUAAACCUUAGUUUAAAACUUAAGUCUAAAGUCUAAACUUAAAGUCAACACAGUACACUGUAGUACAUUUAUGUUGCUGUGUUGCUGCCAGGAAGGUCCCAAAAUAGUCCCAAGGCCUUGUGCCUCAGCACGGCGCCCAGGGUUUAUUUCUGGAAUGGGACUAAAGGGGUGUGACAGAAGGGGAAAUUCUAAGGCUGUUUCUUUUUGGAUCUUUAUCACUGCUUUUCCUGUGUUUUUCCUGUUUACAUAUAUUAGUAGCAAUCACAGCGCUAUAUUUCCCCAGCGCUCAGGAGAGCAUGGAAGGAGAUAGUAUACUGCUAGGCUAAACAGGGUGUAUGGCAAAACUUUCAUUUACUUGAGUCAGUCAUGUUAAGCAUAUUUCUUAUAUGUGAGGGCCAAGGGCACUACUUCUAUGGAUUGUAUUGUGAAAAGUGUUGUACAUGUUAAGUAGAUGAUAGGAUUUAUGAGGAACACGUUCUAUAUUUCAGUGUUAUCUACACAAUCUUAGUAGUUUAUGUUACAGUAUGCACUUGAAGUUUAAAAAAACUGUACAGAAUGACAUUUUCCUGCUGUCAAAUCAUUCAUUUAAAACUUAGCUUGUCUAAGAAAUGUUAUAUUAAAAUACUAAGUAUGGAAAGCAUGUCUACAAUUUUAAAGGUGUGUUAAAAUGAAUAGACUGUGAUUCAGAAGUAGAACUUCUUAUAAUUAUUCAAAUUAUGGAAAUUGGUUUACCUUUGUUAGGAAUCUGUUGCGUGUAACAACCCCCUUUCAUGAUCACUGACAAGUGAAUUACCAUUCAGGAUUGAGUUGCAGAUGUCUAUGCAACAGUGAGCCAGGAUUUUGUAAGGACCAGGUGUUGGAUACUGAAUACAACAAGCAAUUACAAACUGGGCCAUCGUGAGCCUCAUGCAUUUUACAUGAAGGAACUCUGAGUUUCCGGAAACUUGAUCCAAAACGUGAUCUGAGAAAAGUUCGGACUAUACAUAUUCAUCAAGAGUGCGAAACUGAGGGACAUAGUUUUGAGCUACACUGGCACUGAGAUAAGUGCAAAGUAACCAGAGGGUGAAAGUUGACAGGAUUCUCGUCACUCAUAAAUAAACAAAGACUAUGUUAGGACACAGAACAGAUGUGAGCAUGGUAUAGUCCCUCAGUAUAGCUGUGUUUAUUUCAUUACUCUGUAUCCCAGGCAUUAGUGAUGAUAACAGUCAUGGUGCUGAGUCACAAUAACACAUGUAUGUUUACAUAUCACAUCGAUCACAUUGAUUUGUGAGGAAACUGUGAAGGGAUUUAAUCAAGGGUGCUAUGUCACCAAGCACAUUGUCACCAAGCGCAUUGCUCUUGACUUUAAAAGGGAAUUUACACUUGAGCCGACAUCUGCAGCAUUUACUGUGACUGCUUCGUGAACGUUGCGAAAAUUACCUUUAAAAGGCAUAUUGUCGGCAGUGCAAUGGGCUUGAAUGACAACGUGCCGUUGAUUGAAUCCUGGCUCUUGUGUUAGGUACUCAGACAACCCUCAACUUUUUCCUCAGAGAGGUUCCACUAACGUUGUCCAUGGUAUUCCCUCCCUGCAGGUGGAGUUUGAGGAUGUGAUCGCAGAGCCCGACGGCACACACAGUCUGGAUGGGGUGUGGAAGCUCAGCUACACUACCUUCACCGUUUCCAAGUACUGGUGCUACCGCAUCCUCUCAGCCAUCUUCGGCAUCCCUGUGGCUCUGCUCUGGGGCUUCCUCUUUGCCUGCAUCUCAUUCUGUCACAUCUGGGCUGUGGUGCCCUGUAUCAAGAGCUGCCUGAUUGAGUCCCAGUGCAUCAGUCGCAUCUACUCCCUCUGCAUCCAGACCUUCUGUGACCCCUUCUUUGAAGCCCUGGGCAAGAUCUUCAGCAGCGUGAAAGUGGCCCUGCGCAAAGAGGUCUAGACACUCACACCUACUGAAGUGUUUACACGUGUUUGGAUGAAACGCUGCACCCUUUUUAUCCGCCAGACCAGAUAACCAGUCCUGGUGUCCUCAUAUUUCCUAAGACACCCCCCAAUACCCUCAACCAGCCCAAAUCCCAGGGCCUCGCCCGUCUUAGCCCUUUGAGUCCUGACAUGCUCAGAGCGACCAGCGCCACCAGAGGCUCUGUGACAGCUGCAGCAUGGUUGGGUGACAGCUCUGGCUCUGUUGGAAGGCAGAGAGCUAUCUGUUCAUUGAGGGAAUACAGGGCUGGCAGCCAUGGCAUGGGCAGGACUUGUGUCCCAGAGUGAAUGUAUUUUGCGAUGCUGAGGACAGUGGCACCUCGGUCACAUGACAUAAACACCCCAGUGACACUAACGGCAUUGCAGCACCCGUAGGACAAUGCUGCCUGUAUACAAUCUCUACUAUAUUGGCUAAUUCUGAAUUUAUAUACAGUAUAUUAAACAGUCAGAUGUGUGUGGGUAUGUGUAUGUUUUGUGCCUGAUGAUAAAUUAGUUGUGCAAUGGAAAAGAGAAUUGUAGUGCUUGAACAAGAUUAUAUCACGUUUCACAGAAUCAAUAAGAUGCUGUUUAUUUACUGAAUCAUUUUGAUUAAACACAUCCUAAAUUGUCAA